GAGUACCAGCCAACUCAGCCAGCCCAGGCCCUAUACUUAGCGUGGCGAAGUUAUAAGCUAGCGUUGAACGGAUCUACAACUGCCUCAAGGCCAGCUGGCAACUAAAUUAGAAUGACGGAUAUUGCAAGUUCAGAGGCGGAGCAAUUAGAUUUUGGGAGCCUCGAGGCUGGUGGACGCAACGGGCACGAUUCCAUUAAUAACCAGCAGCUACAUCAAACAUCAACUCAAGGCCAACCACAACCAAACCGUCUGGAGGUGUCUAGUACUGCGCUACCUGUGCUGCCACCAAGAUCAGUACUUCGACCUGGUCGUAAUUCUAUGAUUGUGGAAGAAGUUAAACGACGAUCAAGAGAGCAAGAAGCUCCAGAUCUACAGCAAUCACAGCUAAAACCAACGAUUGGAUUAACCCUUGGAUCAUCACAUCCUAUCACAGCGCCUCCUGCCACGCGCCAACAGCUGCCAAAGAUGUUGCCAAUGCUCCAAUUAGCGCCAGAGCCAGAGAUGGUUCCCGUCUUCCGGACUCAUAGCUUUUCAUCUCUAUCACAACUUCUAGAGGCUCUCGGCUCUACGCCCGAUCUCCACUCCGUUAUUGGAGUCGUUGACGAAUUCGAGGACGAAUUCGACAGAGAAAGGGAAACAGAGCACCUCGUCGGUGAUACCCUCCCUACUGCCCUAUACACCAACUAUACCGGACCCGUCGCUGCUUAUACCGAUUCCGUCGGUGCUGAUACAGCUAACGCCGGCCAUACUCCUACCAUGGAAUCGGUUCAUACUAUUAUACAAUCUACUCGUUUCCCUAAAGACAAGGAACUCCCUCUCCCUCCUUCUACUCUACCCCUCUCCCUACCCACGAAAUCAAGACCACGAACUGAUAACCGUCUUGAGCUGUCAGAGGAUCGGAGUGCGAUGUCAAGUCAACGACGCUCAGAGGACGAUCUGACCACAGCACCCCCUACGCCCGCACCCGCCAUCACAAAACGCCAACAUGCUCUACUCGAACUUCUGACCUCUGAACGUGCCUAUGCAAGCGAUUUAGCACUCAUCAGGGAUGUAUAUAUGAGGUUGGCGUCUGGUCACCCUCCACCAUUCGGUUUCUCAUGUACACGCCCAGUCUCGGGUUCAGAAGUUUCAAACCCUGGGUCUAGCUCAAGUUCCGAAUCUACCAAGUCGAGCUCAGGUACAUGCUCGUCCUUGUCUUCACGCACCGUCAGUACUAUCUCCACGUCCGACAUGUCCGUCUCGGGCCUUUGCCCACCGACGAUACAAUUCAACGUGCCUUCUAUCCAAUUGAAUGUACCUACAUUCACGCAAAUAGUAGUUCCUCUGACUGAAUCCAAGGUUCCAACACAAGUCUUACGCCCGGUGGGCGAGCCCCCACUGUCUGUCGCCGACAUACGAAUCAUUUUCCGCAACAUUUCCGAAUUAGCUGUUCUUUCUGACAUGCUUGUGUCAAAGCUUGAGACAGCGAUUGAAGAAGGAGGCAAAGGCGUGGGCGAAGUUUUCCUGGAGGUGGUACCCCUCUUUGCGCCCCCAUACACGACUUAUAUCACCGCGCACCCUCGCGCACUCGCACACAUCGACGCCCUCAGCACACCACCGCAGCUCACGCCUCAAUUCUCGCGGUGGCUCAAGGAAAGCAAAGAACUUGUUGAAGCGCACACGCAUGCUUGGGACCUACCGAGUUUGUUAAUCAAGCCGGUUCAAAGAUUGCUAAAGUACGGGUUGUUGCUGGGCGCUGUGAUCAGUGCUACUCCCGAGCCGCUCGUUGUUGUAACUUCAGAGAGCAUAGGCGAGGCCUUUGGGAAACUGAGGGAAGGAACCGAAGGGCUCGAUAAACUGAGGGAGGCGAAGCAGAAGGUGGAAGAAGUAGCUCGCGCUGUGAAUGAGGGACGAAGGCGGGUAGAAGUCGUCAGAGAAGUCCUCGGGUCUGGACACGCCAAAGACGGCCCUGGAGCAGGUGGUAUGGGAUCUAUCGGCAUCCCCAAGGUGGGCGUUGUGAACGCCUCCGUCUCCCGCAUGCGUUCUCUGCGCACACCAAAGUCCCUUGCCUCGUCCGCCAAGUCAUCCUCGAAACAAAAAGGCUCCAUCCACGUUUUAGAAAUAGAACCCGACCCUGAAAACGCUGAAGCUGCCCUUCUUGUAGCCCUCGAAAGUAGGCUCAAGUCGCACAUCACUACUCUCUCCCACCUCGCUCGGGAUGCAUUUGGCUACGCUCGGACUCUCCAUACGUUGUUCGGGGCGCUCGUCAAGUGGGGAUGGGCAUUUGCAGGCGUCAUUGGCGUCACCGUCAGCCCUGAACUGUCCCUGAACAAUUCUAGUUCGAAUCCCUCUCCCCCUUCUUCACCAGAUGCCUUAGGGACCGGCCAAAGUGAGGCUUUCGAUGCGUUCCUCUCGCUCUGUACCGGACUAGUCGAUCUCGUACAAGAUCUCGAGCACGAGCUCCACGCACACAUCCUCCCCUCUCUCCAAUCCCUCAAAGGCACAUCGGUUGCGCCACUCAAGCUUCUCAGUGCACUGCACACUCUCCACCCGCUGCAUAUGCACCUUCUGCACCUCCCAAUCACGCGCAAGCAACGCCCGUCAGAGGCGCUACUACAGGCAAGCCAGAGUUACGUUGCAUUGCGAGGGCAGCUUGCGCUGGAGUUGCCUGUGUAUGUAAAGCUGCUGGAACGUGGGAUUGAUGGGGUGGUGUCAGACUUAGCCAGGGGGAUGGAAGCAUUUUGGGGAGUUGUAAGAGAGCGGUGGGGAGAGUUGUGGGAUGCGCUGCGGGUAGAGGGAGAAGGCCUUGGAGAUGGAGGUGCGGGAGUAACAAGAAACAGUAUGGAGCACGCGGACCGACCAGCGGGUGGAGGCGAGACAGUUCGUGUCUGGCGCGAACGAUGGGGCGAUGUGUUGGGCGUGCUUGGGUCGUUAGCGGUUGUCAAUCCGCCCAAGAAGAUGGAGCGGCUGCGUCCUGUGAUUCCACAGUACCAAAUACCGCAGCACGUGCAACAUCGUACUUCACCACCGCAAGGUGCAAAAUCAGCAAACCUUGCUGCCGCACUUGGCCCUCUCGAUCCGCAGGUAUCACCUACGCGCCCAAGGCAGCAGCAGCAUCAGCACCAGGGGUCGUACGAUACCCGAUAUGCGUCCAAGGAGUCAUAUGAGGGUCGGUCUAGGAGGGAUGAAACGAAGUAUGCGCGGGAGAAGGAGUAUGAUGCGCGUCAUUCGUCUGGUUCUGGAUCAUACGACACACUCUACCGAAUGAAUGACUCUCGCAGCUCACAGAAUUCCUACGACCCUCGUAAUUCGCAAAGUUUUUACGAGCCUCGCAAUCCUCAAAACUCCUAUGACCACUGCAGUUCACAAUCGUUGUCUUCCUCGUUUAACCCAUCAUCGCGCACGCCACCCUCGCACUCCAACUCUUACGAUAUGACUGGUCGACGACGCAGUGGGAGUACGAACAAUAUUCCCACCGGUCCUAUUCUCCGCAAACCCUCCGAUGAGUCACUGCGUUCUGGUAAAUCUGGGAAGUUGGGCAAGUCAUACAAGAAUAACCCCGGUCUCGGUACGAGUGCUGGGAGAGGAAUCGAGGAUGUACCACCUAUGCCUUCUGCCCUACAGCCGCCAUCACAGUCUCGCAAUAGCGCCUCUCCACCGCGCCUCAAGCCCACACGAAUGAAGAGUCUGCCUGGGCCGAUACUCAGCAAUAUACCCUUUGUACUUGAUCCCCCACCAAGCCCGUCGUCAUUCGCCAUGUUUGACGAGGAGCAGGAAGACAACGACAGAGGCCGGGGGCGUGGCUCGCAGAGACGGCCGAGCCUAAAGAGUAAGAUCACAGAUACAUUGCGGCCGUCACACCACAGGACACGAUCCAGUUCUGUCAAGAGCCUCGGGGCUCCGAGCUCACUGGCACCAAGUUAUUAUACCACAGAUAGUGCGCUGCCUGCAUACCAAAUGCCAAUUACGCCAACCCGAACACACUCACCACAUACCCCCACUCGACGUACCACUGACUUGCAAGGGCUGCGCGCGCUCUACCAAUGCGCUGCGAUACACAUGUGUAUUCCACCCGCGGGAGUUUCGUAUCGGGGUUUACCGUUCUUCGAGCUGCGAUCUGGAGAUACGUUUGAUGUGCUCAGGGAGUACGGGCACCCCAGCACGCAUCCGGAUUUACCGUUAUAUGUGGAUGACGGGGAGGAUUGUCUGUUACUAGUUCGGGAGCUUGCUGAUGCGGAGGGAGGAGGCAGAGAUGCGAAAGUUAGGGGAGAAGUGGGCUGGGCAUUGGCGAGUUUUUUGGUACCCCUGGAUUAAGUUUCUCUGUGUUGGGAUUUGGCGGACGGUUGCUUUUUCCCCCUUUGGCAUUUGAUAUCGAGUCAAAUCUAC